AUGUCUAAUCUACAGAAGAUAAACGACAUUGAGGCGGAGAUCGCCCGAACACAGAAGAAUAAGGCCACGAUGGCUCACUUGUGUCAAUUGAAGGCCCGCCUCGCCCAAUUAAAACGUGAACUCAUCGCCUCCGACUCUAAAAAGGGCGGUGGUAAAGGCGAGGGAUUUGAUGUGCAGAAGACCGGAGAUGCUCGUGUUGGGUUUAUUGGAUUCCCCUCAGUGGGAAAGUCCACACUUCUCACUAAACUCACCUCCACUCACUCUGAGGUGGCGGCGUAUGAGUUCACAACACUUACAUGUGUUCCCGGUGUUGUGCGUUACCGCGGGGCUAAACUGCAAAUGUUGGAUCUUCCUGGUAUUAUUGAAGGAGCGAAAGAUGGUAAAGGUCGUGGUCGUCAAGUUAUUGCUGUGGCUCGUACCUGUUCACUUAUUCUUAUUGUAUUGGAUAUUGCCAAGCCAUUACAGCAUAAACUCAUUAUUGAGCGGGAGUUGGAUGGUUUUGGAAUUCGUCUUAAUAAACAACCGCCAAAUAUUGAGAUUCGAAAAAAGGAUCGUGGUGGAAUUAGCAUCGCCUCCACCUGUCCACUCACACAGAUGGAUCAUGAGACGAUUAAAGCCAUUCUUGCGGAAUAUCGUAUGAGUAAUGCGGAUGUGAUGUUGCGUGGGGAUUAUUCCGCAGAUGAACUCAUUGAUGUGAUUGAGGGUAAUCGUAUUUAUAUUCCCUGUAUCUAUGUACUGAAUAAGAUUGAUCAGAUCAGUAUAGAGGAGCUGGACAUUGUUGCCCGUCUUCCACACAACUGCCCCAUCAGUGCCCAUCAUGGAUGGAAUCUGGAUGGUUUGUUGGAGUGUAUUUGGGAUCAUCUUCACUUUGUUCGUCUCUACACCAAACCACGUGGACAAAUGCCGGAUUAUGAUGAACCCGUUAUUUUGAAAAAACUCCCACCGCCAACAGUGGAGCGUUUCUGUGUUCGCCUCCACCGGCAGAUGAUGAAGAGUUUUAAAUACGCGUGGGUGUGGGGAUCGAGUGUGAAGCACCAGCCGCAGCGGGUGGGGAAAGAUCACGUGCUGGAGGAUGAGGACGUUGUGCAGGUUGUAAAGAAGGUUUAA